AUGUUGCAUGCGGAUGGCAACAAGCUUUCUCAAAACUACAGUGUACUUCACAGCUUGCUGAUGAAGCAACCGGUCAUAACACCACAGCUGCGGGUACAACCUAAGCAAGAUGAGCAGCUUCUGUUGCAGCAAAAAACAUCGUCACAGCAUCUCCAGCAUCAACAACAGCUGAUACAACAACAGCAAAUGCAGCAGCAACAACAACAUCAAAAGCAGCAAAUACAAUCUAGACUGUUACAGCCAACACAACAACAACGCCAACAUUCGCCACAACAACAACAGCAACAAGAAACAACUACCAAGCAACGAAUAAAUGAUGAUGGUACAGCGGGACAAGUGAUCCAACAGCUGCAUCCAGACCAAGAGGUCAAAUACUUUCAAGAACAAUACGAACAACUCUUCAAAGCAGGCAAAAAUAUUGAGACGACAACAUUCUCACUAGACUCCGACUGCAACAACAACAAUGUUGCAUACCAGUUGCAAGAAAUGUCCUUCAACAGCAGCCAAAACAGCACAGACAACGACAUCAUCAGCAAUAACGAAAUCAACUACGAAAGCAGCAACAACCCAACAAAAUUAGUUGUGGACUUCACGAUUCCAGAAGACCUGCAGAAUAUAUCAUCGCACUCGCUGCAAAUGUUCGCUACGUCCCUAGUUCCUCCUUCUCUCCCGUCAACCUCCUUCUCUUCCACAUUUCCGUCAUGUGACUCGAAUGUCUGUCCACCCCCGCUACUGGAUCAGUUAGGGAAUGAGAUCCCCGAUGCCGAUCGUGCGGUCGAUGAUAUGUACCUAAUUGCUGCCAAUGAAUUUGUCAAAGAUGCGUUCAUCUCAGAUGCAGGAAGCGAGGUGAAUGCUAAAAAUGAACUUGUUGAUAAUAGUGGUGGCUGUGGCAGUGUCAAUGUUCUCACUGCUGCUGCUGCUGCUGCUGCUGCUGCAAAGAAACGACAUGAUGAAUUGAUGUUUCUGAAGAGUUGUUACCAUGACGAAGAUGAUGAAGAUGAUGAUAAGAAUAAAUAUUACGUGAAGAGUAAAUUUGAGGAAGAUGUUGAAUCGAGGAAGAGAAAGUUAGACAAGCUCUGUGACGAGUUUGAGAACAGGACUGAACCGGCCAGCCUAUCCAUGACUCACUUGCUUUACGAGCUGGCUGUCUCACACCUCACUGAUGGCUGUGAAGUGCCGAAGGAAGAUAAUGAAAACAUCAGACCCUCCACUGAUCUCCCAUACGACGACAGACACAACCAUCAGGAGCCACAUCAAACAUCAUCUUCAUCAUCAGCGACAACAUCAGCAGCAUCUUCAUCUUCAGCCACAGCACAGGAUGAUCGCCAGUUCAGAAACCCGAGUUGUUUCAAAAUCAAGCGUAGCAAAAGACCAGGUCCUCUCAUCAUGCCUCCCCCUCAACAACUCCAACAGCCAGCCGACAGCCAGAGCAGUAGCCACAGCAAAUCAGCUUACAGCUACAACAGUAGUAGUGGCUCUGCAAGUUCCAACUUUGCAUUCCAAAGUCGUUUGAGAUCUCCCCGAAUUCUUCACGGGUACGGUAGCAUGGAUUCAAAGGUUCCGCCUCCUUUUAACAUCCCAUUCGUUCCCUAUACUCCUCCUCCGAUGUUGAGUCCCACCAGGAAUGCUUCCGGAUUGUUCUGCUUGUUGAAUGCUGCCCUAUCCCAACUCACUCCCAGACCAAGGAGAUUUCGUGCCCUCAUGAACUUUGCCUCGAGUGCGGCUGUACCCUUCGGCGGUUCCAACAUUGAACUGGCACACCACAUACUCAAUCUUUACAAUGGCGAUGUCAAGAAAACUUGUCUCUCAUUGAUGGAGAGGAGACCACUACUACCAAGCAACAAAUUUCUAGACACGUAUAAAUACUCUGAAACAUCAACAUGGACAACAUCUGAGAUAGAGAUAUUCAACAGAGCCGUCUACAAAUAUUACAAAGACUUCUUCAGUGUAGCCAACGAGAUGGGCUUAGUAUUUCCAAAGAGAUCUCACAACACGAGGUCCCACAAAGAACCAAAAGUUGAAGAAAAUGCUGUGGCUGCUAAUACUGCAACUGCUGCUGCUUCUACUACUGCUGUCGCUGCUUCUACAACUGCUACUGCUACUACAGCUAAUCGUGUUGAAUGUUACAGUAAAAGUGCUAUAGAAAUUGGAGUGAACGAUUUUUCUCUGAAACCGGAAAAGACUGAAGAACGGUUGAAGCAUCGUCAAGAGCAGCAGCAGCAGCAACAGCAGCAACUUCAACAGCAGCAGCAUCCACAACAGCAUUAUAAACAAGAACAACAUCAUCAAUUUCCACAUCAUUCUCCACAGCAACAACACAACCGCCCACUUCGUUAUUAUGAUAACAAACGGCAAACUGAUACUCCCAACUACACUGAUGAAUCUCAGUUCUUGCAGCAGCAGCAGCAACAGCAGCAACGACAACAACCACAAAUUCGUCCUCAGUUGCCGCGUCACCACCACCAACAACAACAGCAGCAACAGCCACAACCUCCUCAACAGCAGCCACAACUUCGCCAACAACGACAACAGCUUCCAACAUUGUAUGAAGAUUAUUACGUUGAAUCACCCGCGGCCAAACAACAUCUACCGAAACCCCACAAGAGGCCGGGUCGUACGGCUAAACCGGGGCCCAAAAAAAAGCCAAAGUACCCACCAAUUCUCAGCCCAUCCAUCAUGAAUCUCGACAGCUCUACCGUUUAUCCAUGCAAAAUUUGCAAGAAGUAUGUAGCUGGAGUGGAUUUGGUUGUAGUGGUAAAUUUAGUUUUAUGGGGGAAGAUGUGGUUUUCAGGGGUGGUUUUGGGGUGUUGA